CGUCUGUCUGUAGUGACGUAAAUGUAACAUGGCGGCCUCCUUGUUUCGACGGGGACCGAUGUGGAUGAAUAGAUGAUUCACUCUGAUAUCAAGAUUAGAAUAGUUUUGAAAGCAGUCAUAACUAUCCUGUAAAUCCAGAAUUCUUUGACAGUCUACUUUCACAGAAUCUCUGUCAUCCUGUGUCGCCCACGGUGACUGCUUGUCACCAAAUGAAGGACAACAAAGAGAACUCUUCUCUUGGGAGUUUUGCAAGCCUGGACCACAUAAAGCCAUGCUGGUACUGGGACAAAAAGGACCUGGCCCACACCCCGUCCCAGUCAGAGGGCCUCGACCCGGCCACAGAGGCCCGGUAUCGGAGAGAAGGGGCUAGGUUUAUUUUCGACGUGGGCACUCGGCUUGGCUUACACUAUGAUACCCUGGCAACAGGCAUCAUAUACUUCCAUCGCUUCUACAUGUUUCACUCUUUCAAGCAGUUUCCCAGAUAUGUGACCGGUGCUUGUUGCCUCUUCUUAGCCGGUAAGGUGGAGGAGACCCCAAAGAAGUGCAAAGACAUCAUCAAAACGGCUCGCAGUCUGCUCAAUGACGUGCAGUUUGCUCAGUUCGGAGAUGAUCCAAAGGAAGAAGUGAUGGUGUUGGAGAGGAUAUUGCUGCAGACAAUUAAGUUUGACUUGCAAGUGGAGCAUCCCUACCAGUUUCUCCUUCGCUAUGCCAAACAACUUAAAGGAGACAAAAAUAAAGUACAGAAGUUGGUUCAGAUGGCGUGGACAUUUGUAAAUGAUAGCCUGUGCACCAUGCUGUCCCUCCAGUGGGAACCGGAGAUCAUUGCGGUAGCCGUCAUGUAUCUGGCAGGCCGCCUGUGCAAGUUUGACAUCCAGGAGUGGACGUCCAAGCAGUCCUCUCGGCGCUGGUGGGAGCAGUUUGUCCAGGACGUGCCUGUGGAGCUGUUGGAAGAUAUCUGCCACCAGAUCCUGGAUCUAUAUUCACAGGGCAAGCAGCCCAUCCCCCAGCAGCCCCCAGACCCGGAGAAGGGGAAGGCCUCUGCACCGUCCCCGGGCCCCCCACCUAUCCAAGCGCCACCCACCCUCCCACCUGCGCCACCCCCGCCCAAGAAGGCAUCUCCCCAGGCCAGCCCGCCGCGCCAGCUCAAACGGCCACACGUCAAUACGAUAUCCCCUAAAGAAGAAUCAAAAACUGCAGAGCAAGUUGGCAGCAAAAUUCCACGUCUUGAGAGUCCCAUGCCCCCCCUGCCAACCACUCAGCCCCCACCUGAGCGUAAGGCCCCACCUGCAGCCCCAGCGCCCCCAGUGGAGGCCGAGCCGGCGGCCUCGAGCGACUGCGUGGACCUGCCCAAAGGGCCGCCUCCCCCCAUAGCUCCACCGCCCCUGCCGCACCGCCCCCCACCCCCACCCCCCUCCAACACCUACAUCAUGGGCAUGUCCACCUCCAGCUCUUACAUGUCGGGCGAGGGCUUCCAGAGCCUGCAGUCCAUGAUGAAAACCGAGGGGCCCUCGUACGCCCCCAUGCCCCCUAACUACGCACCGCCCAUGCCCUACCACCCGCACGCCUACCCACCCCCCAAUCCGCCCCCACCGGGGCCACCACCCCCUACAUCCUACCCUCCGCCAACUUUGUUCCCCUCCCUCCCUACCCUGCCUACUCACUACAACAACCACAGCCCGCCUCUGAUGCCACCCAGUCAUGCGGGGCCCCCGCCAGGCAUGGGCCUUCCUCCGACUGGGUACCCACCCCCGCCGGUGCCCCAGUCCCAGGUGCCUCUGCCGCCCCCUGGCAUGCCCCCGGUGCCCGGGAUGACUCGUGGGGCAUGGAUGAGAUGAGAUGAAGGGAGAAGAGAAGAGAGCGGCGCAGCUCAAAGGGAGCAGGUGAGGUUGGCCACCAGUCGAGCAACCAGCCUGCACCCACCAGUGGAAAUACUGUUUUGUUCAAAGACAGUUGCACAGGAUCAACAGACCACAAACAUUAACUUUAACCACACCAACAGGGCAAAAGUGAACUUUCUAGAACCAAGCCCAACAGUGAACACUGGGAUCGCACACACUCACUCACACACACACACACACACACACACACACACACACACACACACACACACACGGCAAGCCUGCUCCGGGUCAGAACACACCAUAGAGCGUCAUGGAUGACCGUCUUUAUUGUUUUUUUUUUUUUUUCGUUUUUUUUGACCAUGGAACGUUGCCGGCAUGUCCAUUGACGAGUUAUUGUCAUUUCAUGUUUUAGAAACGUGUGGAGAAAAAAAAAUCUAAUGGAAGUAUGUUUGCUCCAUGUGUAAAAUGCUUUACCUUUUCUGAUCUUAGUUUGCUACCUUAGAACUUUUAUGUAUGUGCUUCAUUAAGUACCAUAUCACCCCUUUCCCCCCUAAAUAUUUCACCAUCUUUUUGCUUCUCUGUUCUUGCUCAUGUGUCCAGGGUACGGAAGCGCAGAUGUACUGCAGCUAGUCUACUAUUCGGAAGUCCUUUUGGUCGUCUCACAUUUUCAUUAACAGUUGAAACACUGUAAAACACUGAGGCAUGUACUUUUUUUCUCUUGUAAAUAUGAUCUCUGAAAAUCAGACGAGUCAUCCUUUUUUAUUAGCUAGUGGUAUUUUCCAUACGUGCCUUAGGAAUAGGAUGUAAUGGCAUAGGUAGGCAGCCUGCAGAACCCCUCUGAUCCUCCCCUGCACACAGGAUGUCCUGCUUAUGUGAUUUCUGUGGCACUUGGGAUAAUUAAAAAUGCCGAUUUUUUUUUU